AGGAAUGACACCCAAGGAAAACUCUGGACUCCACGAACACUUUUCCUAAGGUCUUGGCUUUUCCAAGUCACGGUGUAUACUGGGAAUGCACAGCGCUGCUAAAAAUGACUAUGCAAUUUCGGGCUAGGAGGUAGGAGGAAGGAAUGGCAUGGGGAAGAGCACAAACACUCCAAGCUCCACCUGGCUGGGUGGGGAGACAGACACACCUAUUUCUCCCCCACGGUGCAGCCACCAGUUUCUCCCUCAGCCUGCCAGCGAUCCCAGCAGAAGGCAUCAAUUUUAUUGUUCGUUCCUGCUUCUGAUAUUGAUGGUCUCUGGGCACUGCAGUCACGCCUGCCUUCAGCUGGCUCCAGUCAUCGAAGGCAAUGCUCGCAAUGCUGGCAAUGCUCUGCUUGUUAUGGCUCUACUUCUCUUGAUCCUGGAGUCCUGUAGUGCAGGCACAUAUGCCCUAAAUUGCAAACUCACUGUCAAGUAUCGUACUCUACAAGGACUGUGCUCAGUGAAUGGAAAGACUUUCCUUGAUUUUGGUGAUGAAAACCAUGAGGGAAAUGCCACUAUGCUGUGUCCUGCUUUAUACCAAAGCCUGACAGAUAUUUCAGAAGUAAUGUGGAGCCUGCAAUCAGGUAAUGAUGCCUUGAAUGUCACAACAAGAUCUCAGUAUUAUCAAGGAGAAUUCAUUGAUGGAUUCUGGGACAUCAACACUGAUGAACAGCAUAGCAUCUACGUUUAUCCACUUAAUAAGACCUGGAGAGAAAGUCAUUCUGAUAACAGCAGUGCCAUGGAGCAGUGGAAGAACAAGAACCUAGAAAAAGAUAUCAGGAAUGUCCUCAUGGUAGAUUUCAGUUGCUGCCUCAACAAAUCGUCGCCACACUUUAGAGAAAUGCCAACCUUGCCAACCACUGCUGCACAUGUGGACCAGCCUCGAUCCAUGGCAUGCAAGUCCAGCCCCUUUGAUGGGUUGAUAAUGAUAUUGCUCAUCUACAUCCUCUAGCGUGUUUUCUAAGGAGAAUUCUUGACAGAGACAGGGUGAAGAUGCUCCAGAGAAAGUCGUGACAAUUCAUCGGGUGCAGCCACUGCCCCUUUUCGUCAUCCUCAACAUAUGACUCAUCAUGCUACAGACAUAGUAUUUCAAGGCCUUUCCACUGUGUGCUAGGCACUGUGGCCCUUGCUAAUCACAGGUUCCUUUUUCUCUGGGUGAUUUGUCCAUAACAUGCAAUUACUUGAUCUAGAGAUUUGGAAAAAAUAUAUUUAUGUAUCCAUACCAACCAUAAAAAAAACAACAAGAACAGAAUAAUCAAAUCUCUUUAGUGGGAGUGUGAAGUCUUUACUCCUGUAUAAUCCAUCAGUGUCUAUGUAAUUCUGAGACUGUCUAGGAGAAGCCUGCACAAGGCAAUGUUCUCUAUACCAUCAAUGAAAAAUAGAUAUAUGCGCCAUUUUAUAUGACUAUAUAUGAUAGAAAAAAAACUACUUUAUAACAUAAGGUGAAAGUUUUUAUUAUUAUUACUAUUAUAGGUUAGUUUGUGUGAUAAGCACUAAGUAGCCCAGCCAUGGCCACAUGUACACUGGUGCAGCAGAGAACUUGGAACCUGCUCUGUCCGACAGGCUGGUUGCCCCUGCAGUGGCAAUCUGGCAGUGAAAUCUGGAAGGUCCUGGGCAGCUGUCACUACUGAGUCCACACCCUCUGAUGCAGGUUCUGGGUCAGUGUUGCUUUCCCCUGUGCUGAGAGCAUCUUCUUUGUGCACAUACAGAAGCUGUGGUACAGGAGAGUGAACUCACGAUUGUUCUCUCUGACCUCGGCAUAGGCACUUUUGCACAAGUGCACUAGCACUCACACAUCCUAAAAACGUGGAGAUUGUAGAGUGUUUGUUCACUGUUGAAAUACUGUGUUUUUUGAAGCAAGGUCUCACUCUGUAGACAAGGCUGGCCUGGACCUCACAGAAAAACACCUUGCCAGCAUUAAGCUUAAAGACGUGUGUCACCAUGCCUGAGUGAUCACAGGAUUUUAAGCUCUAAUGGUGUGCUACUCAAGUAUUAGAGAUUUAAAAUUGUCUUUUUCACACAGACGGUCAUGUUUCUGAGAAUGGGUGCUCCCUAUUAAUUUGUGAACUUUAGUGGCACUGAGUUGAUGGGUAUUAUUAUGUAUCUGAGGAAUCACUAAAGGGAUCUAAGCCUAGGAAACAGAAAUUGAGGAGUGUUUGUUUAGUAGAAGUAAAUGGUAACUACAUCAGGUCCCCAGACCUUAGCACAACUGACUCCAUUGUGGAAGUGUUAUUCAGGCUGUAAAACUCAGCACACAGACAUCACCUACAGCCAAAAUGAAAACAAAGACCUCAUCCACCAAAGUCCAUGGUUCUGAGAUGUCUCUAAUUGCAACAACUUUGCUCUUUGGCUUUUGUAGUUCUGCUUCUGACUAACUUCCUGGCAACUGAAGUAUAUCAACCCAGAAUGGUUUUUGUGCUUAAAAGAUCUCCCUGGUUAAAGCUCCAUUCUAUACUGGAACGCCAAAAAUUUAGAAUAAUCAGGGCCAGCUAAUAAAGAGUUUCUAUUGGCUUAAAUACCAUUGUUCGGGGAGUUAGGUAGUGGAGGAAGCACGGAAGGGAGACUGCAAACAGGAAAUAAAGUAAUUAAUCUAAAAAACAUCGGAGCAUUCUUCUUGGCUGAAUUCCCCUAGAACAGCAAUGUCCUUUCUGCAGUUUCCUUACUAGAAGGCUCUUACCGCUGGCUCUGGAUGUCUAACUGCUGACUUGUAUCUUUAAAUGGAUCUCUCUCUCUUUAGACGUUUGCUAACUUUCUUCAGGUGAUUGGUUUUCAGGUGUUCAGGUUCCUGCGAAUGGGUGCUGUCUGUAUUAUACAAUGUGUACUUGAAAUUUUCAUAAUAUUUUCAGAGUAUUCUAUUGUAAUUAUAUUACCUUACAAGAUUUGUGGGGCUUCUCUUUGAUUUGUGAUUACACAGUUUUAGUAUAUUUUGUGUUCUUUAGUCAGACUAUGCAAUUGUCUAUGAAGUUCAGUAAACUUUUGAAAAAA